UGGAAAGCAAUGGGCCCCAUCAACAAAGAAAAGAAAAAGUUCAAAAGGAAGGUUGCGAAGGUGGGUGCUGACUAUAAAGCAGAAUUUUGUAAUUCGACUGCUUCUGACUUGUUUUUUGGGUUUUUUGACGAAAAUUUAGUCGAAAAAAUAACAGCAUUUACCAACGCCAAAUUAUCAGGAAAAAAAGGUAAAUCCCAAAUAACAAAAAUAGACAUUAUACGAUAUUUCGGCAUUUUACUAUAUAUGGGAGCACACCACGACAUAAAGAAUCCAAUUUCCGAGCUUUGGAACGAAAAACACGGGAAACCAAAUAUUUAUGGUAAAGCUAUGCCCAGAAAUGUUUUUCAACUUAUCAAUGUUAACAUCGAGACUUACGAUGUCACAACUUUUCAGGAUGAAGUUGAGAAAGAGAGUUGUUUUAUAGGUGAUGAAGAAGAGAGUGAGGACAGUGCAUCCGAUGAAGAGGCAAAUCCAGAGAAUAAAGAAGAGACUGAAGAAGAAGACUAUUUGAGUUGUGAUGAGUGGGUCAAAAAACAUCCUGUUGACCUGACCGAAGAGAAGCUAAAAAAGGAUGUUGAAGUGAGACAAAAAGUAAAUGAUGAAGAGACUAUAGAAAAGGGGUUAAUCAAAGCAUCAAACACGCCAAACUCAAAUGACAAGUUUGGCAAAAUUAGGGAAGUGUUGGAAGCUUUUAUUCACAACUUAGUGAACAACAAAUACUUUACACCGAGCACCACACAAUCGGUUGAUGAACACCUUUGCGCAUUCAAGGGAAAGAUAUGGGCAAAGGUAUUCAUCAAGUCCAAACCUCAGCGUUACGGCAUCAAGUUUUGGAAGGAAGAAAAUCAAGGAUUUCGGGUGACGAUAGAUAUGGUAGCUCCACAAUUGUGUAUGGGAAACUUAAGAUUGGCACAUUAUUUGGCUCAAUAUGGUUCAACAUUGCUUGGGACUGUGCGAAAAAACAGAGUUGAGGUACCAGAAGAAGCCAAGCAAAUCAAACGUUAUGACCCCAAUGAUGAUAAAAAGGCUACUACAAGAGAGGCAGAUUCAACAGAAGUGUAUACAAAAGGUGUAUGCAAACUGCUUUCUUACUAUAACGAAAAGAAGAAGUUGGUGCUCAUUAUGACGACGAUGCAUAAUGCUAAAGAGUUGUACACCGUUCAGGAGCAAGUGAGGGGAAAGGAUGGCAAACUUGUGAGUGUACACAAACCAAAUGUGAUAAAACAAUACAAUGCGACAAUGGGAGGUGUUGAUAGUGCAGAUCAGAUGAUACAUACUUACACUUGGUAG